UGACAAACAACCACUCCUUAUAUUAUCAAUUUCAAAUGUGUCGUUCUGCACGACGCUUCCAGAAGACCGAAGCUCAAUUGCACAUGUUGGGUUGAUCACAACUUGACCGCUACAUUACGCAUGUGGUAGUGCAGCAUACAUUGUUUUGACAUCGCAAUUCAAGAAUUCGAACGUCUCACCAAACAUACUGUCUACCGCGACGAACAGGCUUUCACUCAUAUCUCCGUUCCUCUGAGACCCCACGACAUUUUCUCGAACAGAGACGACAAAUCGGCGAAUUUAUAGGUGGCAAUGCCGAUAUUUAUGGAUGCGCGCUUCUGUAGAAGACAAUAACAUCAAUCUCGAUCAUAGGGAACAGCAGCGGAUGAGCGAAGUGCAUCUUAAAUUUCAAGACGACUGGUUCACUAACACUCAGACCUUUCGCUUCUCAUCCUCGAUCUGCGUCACCUAUUGUCUCAUCACUGGCGGCUUUGCGGCCAGUCUGUCUGACUCGAAGCGCUAUAUGUUGCCUAUCCCACAAGGCAUGCCCCUCUCCGUUCUCCUCAAGCUCAACCCCCUGCUCCGUCCCCAGACUCGUUCCUUGCGAAAGUCGACUGGGUCUCACCCUGCUGAGCGUUCCGUCUACAUCGGUUCGAGGGAUGUCGACAAAGGCAAUAAGGAGAUCUUGAAGAAAAACAGAAUCAAGGUGUUUAGCGCGCACGAAGUGGAUUGGUGGUCAAAUUGGCGCUCGACCAUGUCAACCCGCAGAUACCUUCAUAUUCACCUGAGUUUUGAUGUCGAUGUGCUCGACCCGAGCGUCGUGCCUAGCAUGGGGACUGUGUGCGUGCUGAAAGAAGAAAAAAUGAACAAAAACUUCUACUUGUUGAAGAUGCGAGAAAGUGCAUGA